GGCCCGGGCACCAUGGAGGGCGGCGGCGGGCGGCGGGUGCUGGUGGUGGGCGCGGGGCUGGCGGCGCUGGGGGCGGCGCAGCGGCUGCAGGGCCCCGGCGCUGUCCGGCUGCUGGAGGCGGGGAGCCGCGCCGGGGGCCGCAUCUGGAGCCGCCCCUUCGCCUCGGGGCUGGCGGAGCUGGGCGCGCACUGGAUCCACGGGCCCUCGGAGGGGAACCCCGUCUUUCGCCUGGCCUCCUGCUGGGGCCUGCUGGGGCCCGGCGCUGCCGAGGAGGAGAACCAGCGGGUGGAGGCGGGGGGGCACCCGCUGCUGCCCUGUGUCACCUACGGCAGCUCGGGGAAGGUGCUGAGCCCCGAGCUGGUGAGCAGCACCCGCGCCCUCUUCGCUGAGCUGCUGGGCUCGACCCAGGCCUUCCUCCAUGCCAAGGAGCUGCCUGCUGCCGGCGUGGGGCAGUACCUGCGGGCAGAGCUCGCCCGGCUGGCCCACACCUGGGAUGAGAACGAGGACAGCAAGCGGCUCCGGCUGGCCAUCCUCAGCACCUGUCUCAAGCUGGAGUGCUGCAUCAGCGGCACCCAUAGCAUGGACCUGGUGGCCCUGGGGUCCUUUGGGGAGUACACCUCGCUGCCCGGCCUGGACUGCACCUUCCCGGGCGGCUACAGCAGCCUGCCCGACCGCAUGCUCGCAGCUCUGCCUGAGGGCACCGUCCUGCUCAACAAGCCAGUGAAAACCAUCCAGUGGCAGGGGUCCUUCUGUGAGAAGGGGGAUGUGGCAAGGAUCUUCCCCGUCCGGGUGGAGUGCGAGGACGGUGACUCCUUCCUCGCUGACCACGUCAUCAUCACCGUCCCGCUGGGUUUCCUCAAAGAACACCAUCAGGACUUUUUCCAGCCCCCCCUGCCCAAGCGGAAAGCAGAGGCCAUUCGCCGCCUGGGCUUCGGCACCAACAACAAGAUCUUCCUGGAGUUUGAGCAGCCCUUCUGGGAGCCCGAGCAGCAGCUCCUGGAAGUGGUGUGGGAGGACGAGUCGCCCCUUGCAGAGCCCAGCACUGACCUGGAGGCCAGCUGGUUCAAGAAGCUCAUCGGCUUUGUGGUCCUCCAGCCACCAGAGCAGCUUGGACACGUCCUCUGUGGCUUCAUUGCUGGGAAGGAGGCGGAGUACAUGGAGACGCUAAGCGAUGCAGAGGUUCUCCACACCAUGACCAGCGUUCUCCGCACGUUGACAGGGAACCCACGCCUGCCUGCUCCCCGGAGCAUGCUCCGGUCCCAGUGGCACAGUGCACCCUACACCCGGGGCUCCUACAGUUACGUGGCAGUUGGCAGCUCAGGGGAUGACAUCGAUGCGCUGGCCCAGCCUCUGCCUGAGGAUGCUUCAGACCCCAGGCCGCUGCAGCUCCUCUUCGCCGGCGAGGCCACCCACCGCACCUUCUACUCCACCACGCACGGGGCGCUGCUGUCGGGCUGGCGGGAGGCCGACCGACUCAACCGGCUGCCGCGAGCCGCCGACCGGCAAUAAACCCGCCUCGCCGCAGCCA